UGCGGCAGUGCUGGCGGAAACUAGCCUUGUGCUUUGCGGCAGCAAUAUGAGCUAGGUCCGGAUCCUGUUAGACGCUGGGGUGCACGAGCCGCUGCAGUUCUCUUUGGGUGAUCGCUUCUUCUCUCUUCAGCGGAUCCAUCUCCGCCUCCAUUCUCAUCCUGUGGAAGAGACCUGCUUUUUGGUGCCACAGUCAGGAAUGGAGCUUGACAACGCUCAGGAAACCCCAUCGCGGGAAGUCUCUUCUUUGUGCGGGGAGAUAUCUGCCCCCGUCCUUGAACAGGCCUUCUCCAAAAUUUUACACUGUCUUACCGGCCCGGUGGCACGACGAGGCAACGCAAGAGAUGUGGCUCUUAAAGACCUCGGUGAUCUAAUAGAAGCCACCGAAUGUGAUAGGUUAUUUGAGGGGAGUGGCGCCCACCUCCGCGAAAUGUCCGAGACACUGGGGCAGGUGGCAAAAGCCCUGGAGCAGUAUGCAGCCCCACCCAAGGAGGAGGAAGGUGGAGGUGCUAGGCACUCUGAAGUGGUCGAGAAAGCAGCCACAGUUGGGUUACUGUUUCUUAAGCUGUUGGAGAGGGUUGAGACUGCUAAGAAUUCUCUGGUCGGCCCUGCAUGGCAGACAGGCCUGCAUCACUUGGCAGGACCCGUUUAUAUUUUUGCCGUCACACACAGCUUGGAGCAACCAUGGACCACUCCAAGAUCUCGGGAAGUUGCUAGGGAGGUCCUCACCUUACUGCUUCAAGUUACGGAAUGCGGUUCUGUGGCAGGAUUUCUACGUGGAGAAAAGGAAGAUGAGAAAGGGAGACUUUCGGUGAUAUUAGGACUUCUCAAACCCAACUUGAAUAAGGAAUCCUGGAAGAAUAACCCUGCCAUCAAACAUGUUUUCUCAUGGACUCUGCAACAGGUCACUCGGCCCUGGCUGAGCCAACAUCUGGAAAGGGUACUUCCCGCAUCAUUGCUCAUCUCAGAUGAUUAUCAGACUGAGAACAAAAUCCUGGGUGUACACUGUCUCCAUCACAUUGUGCUUAAUGUGCCAGCUGCUGAUUUGCUCCAGUAUAACAGAGCGCAGGUUUUAUACCAUGCUGUUUUCAACCACCUGUACACGCCAGAGCACCACCUUGUUCAGGCUGUGCUCCUGUGUCUGUUGGAUUUAUUCCCCAUCCUGGAGAAAACCGUGCACUGGAAAGGAGAUGGAGCUCGACCCACCACCCAUUGUGAUGAGGUCCUGCAGCUGAUCCUGACUCACAUGGAGCCAGAGCACCGCCUUCUCUUACGCAGGACCUAUGCAAGAAACCUGCCGGCUUUCGUGAAGAGGUUGGGGAUCCUAACUGUCCGGCACUUGAAGAGGCUGGAGAGAGUCAUCAUUGGUUAUCUGGAGGUUUAUGAUGGACCUGAGGAGGAAGCCAGAUUGAAGAUAUUGGAAACCCUAAAACUUCUCAUGCAACAUACUUGGCCCAGAAUUUCCUGUAGACUUGUGGUCUUACUGAAGGCUCUCUUGAAACUGAUAUGUGAUAUAGCAAGGGAUCCAAGCCUUACACCCCAGUCUGUUAAGAGCGCCCUGCUACAGGAGGCCACAGACUGCCUGAUUCUUCUGGACUGCUGCUCUCAAGGACGGGUGAAGGGUCUCCUGGCCAAAAUUCCCCAAAGCUGUGAAGACAGCAAGGUGGUGAACUGUAUCAGAAAAGUCCAGCAGAUUUCUGAAGGCGCUCCCUAUGAUGGAACUUAAGACUUGCAUUACUUUCCCAAGACAAAAGGACUCUCUUUCCAUCCCAAAUUGUAUGAAUGGAGUAUUUAAGAAAAAAAGGUAUUUUUACACUAAAUUUGUAAGUUAAAACUGCUUUUUUCUUCUUUCCUUUUACCUCCACAGGAGUAGGGAAAGUAGAACAAGACAAAAUUGAAUUCCUUCCAUUUCUAAAUAAAGUUUGGGAGAAAAAAGGACA